CCGUUAUUGCGGUCCAUCAGACGCUUGUACUUGCUCAGAUCCUGGAGCCACCAGGCGCGGCCGCUCUUGCCCUUCUUCCUCCUCCCUUGCCUUGUGGCCUGCCGCUGGCUACUGGUGCUAGAGCCAACGCUCAUAAACGACGAGUCGCUAGAAUCAGAGUAGUACUCAUCCUCGAGCUGCGCCUCAGCCAGCCGAUUCUCGUGUUCGUUUUCGUGAUCCAGAUCAUCGAAGAUGCCACGCGCCUUGUGCUUGCCCUGGCUGAGCAGAAUCUCGAUCGGAAUCCACGCCGGCCAGAUAGCAUCAGGCUGCUUGUUGCGCGCAGCAUCGCCGUCAAUGCGCGAUCCAUACGUGCAGUCGACAAAGUACUCAGCCUGGCCCACAAAAUCGUCGCGGCUGGCCUGUGAACACCUGGAUAUUCUCGAUCUCGACCAAGCUGCGCGUCUUGACAAUGGACUCAUCAUCGGGCGGCCUCACAAUCUGCCUGCCACCGGGCGCCAUUCCGUCCAUCGCCAUCUUGUCGUUGAACUCGUCGCUGUUGCUCAGCAGAAUGCGGUGCAGCUGCACCCGUUCGGCAACAGCAAUGACAGAGCUGGUACUGGUCUUCUCGUCGACGCGCAGUGACACCUGCGAGUUGAGGAACUCGACUAGGAACGAGUAGUACGGGUGGUAGUGCGAAAAGUCGUCCCAGAACUUGCGCAGCCCUUUCUCGAACUUGUUGUCGGCGGUCUU